AUGGCUUACAGGUCUCAGGAGGACCUCCACUGUCCCAUCUGCCUCGAGGUCUUCAAAGAUCCCGUCAUUCUCCCAUGCAGCCACAGCUUCUGUAAAGCCUGCCUGAGGAGCUGGUGGGUGGAGAAAAGGAUCCAGCAGUGUCCCAUCUGUAAGAACACGUGUGAAGAGAAGGAUGUUCUCCGCAACCUGGCCCUGGGGAACCUGUGUGAGACGUUCCUAAAACCAGGAGACCAGGCCAACAUCUGCAAGCUGCACGGGGAGACGCUGAAGCUCUUCUGUGUGAACCACCGGGAGCUGGCAUGCGUCGUCUGCAGGGACUCAGACAAACAUCUCAACCACAAAUUCAAACCCCUGGAUGAAGCAGUGCAUCAACAGAAGGAAGAGCUCCAGGAGCGUCUGAAGGUUCUGCAGGAGAGGAUGAAGGUUUUUGAUCAAGUUAAGGUUAAGUUCUUCCAGACAGCUGAAUAUAUAAAGGUCCAGGCCCAGCAGACGCAGGUUCAGAUCAAGGAGCAGUUCCAGAAGCUCCACCGGUUUCUGGAGGAGGAGGAGAAGAUCAGGAUGGCUGCUGUGAUGAAGGAGAAGGAGCAGAAGAGCCAGAUGAUGAGGGAGAAGAUUGAUCUCUUGAAGAGAGAGAUGGUGGCUCUUCUGGAUAGAAUCAAAGACACAGAGAAGAAGCUGAAAGCUUCAGAUGUUUCGGUCCUGCUGUCCCCGAUGGACAGGGUUCAGCAGUGUCCCCAGCUGGAUGACCCACAGCUGCUGUCAGGAACCCUGAUUUCUCAGGCUAAACAUCUGGGAAACCUUAGCUUCAACAUCUGGAACAAGAUGAAGGACGUGGUCUCCUUCUCGCCUGUGAUCCUGGACCCGAACACUGCCAACCCAGAACUGGUCCUGUCUGAUGAUCUGACCUCUGUGAGAUGUGGGAGGAGACGGCAGCUCCCUGAGAACCCAGAGAGAAUCAACGGUUUCUGCUCCGUGCUGGGAUCAGAGGGCUUCUGCUCGGGGAACCACUACUGGGACGUGGAGGUGGGCAACCACACCCGCUGGGAGCUGGGGGUCCUCCAGGAGUCCGUUCAGAGGAAAGGGGACUUGUGGCCAGGACUGUGGAGAAUCCAGCUGUGUGACGGGAAACACAAAGCCAUGUCCCCGCCCCGAACCAGCGCUCUUCUGCCGGUGAAGACCCUCCAGAGGAUCACGGUGAACCUGGACCUGAACAAGAAGAAGCUGUCAUUCUUUAAUGCCGACACCAGCGAGCCCAUCUACACCUUCAUCCACAGCUUCACGGGGAGAGUCUUCCCGUACAUCUGGGCUGGAGAGGAGCGCCCUCUGAGGAUUUUACCCGUUAACAUCAGUGUGUGCAUGCUCGGGUGACGCUGAGGCGUCCUCACCAGGACGCAGCUGUCCCCAAGAGGCUUCUGGUCCUCCACACGUCCAGGUUUCUUCUCAUCAGAGGCCUGGGGCGUUUGGUGUGGUUUUAAUGUUCUGCUCUAAGCUGUCCAAGGGUGGGGGAGCAGAACUAUCAAAGGUUCUAGAAGCUGAUGAUUUCUACUGAUGGUAUAAGAGUUAAAGAAAUGUUAAUGCUGAGGGGAGAAGAUAGAGGAGGAGGAGGAGCAGCAGGAGUGGGGGGGGGGGGCAUUAAACAGCUUAAGCUGGGCGGACACUGUGCGAUUUUUUCACUCGUAGCACUCAGCUUCAGCUCAAACUGUACGACUUCCUCGCAGAGCAGAUCUCACGAGUCAUGUGCUCACACUGUACGUCUGGUAGUAACACGUCGGCCCUAAAAAUAUGCUAAAAAUAGCAGUUUUACACAACACGUCAGACUUUUUUGUCUUGUUUUGCCUGUUGUCCUUCGGGAGUGCUGCAGGAGGACACACAGGGAUUAAUGGGGGUUGGAUGAGGAAAACGAAAUAAAGAAAGUAAAUCUGUAUUUAGUGAUCAGUUUAAUUUGACAUGAACACGACAAACACGCUUUCUUGACAAUCUUUGUGAGUAAAAAAAAAACUUGUAGAAACAAAAGCGAACAGCGUGUGUUAUUAGGGAAAUAGCGGGCGAGCGGCGCUGAUGCAGGAUUGCGCAUGCGCCGUGAGCGGUUCUGAUACUUUUUGGGUCGCAGCGCCACUUCAACAGUGCGAUACCCUCACGCGAGAUGAGCAAAAUAUUAAACACGGCAGAAGUCCGUGCGAGUUCACAACAGCUGAUCGGUAGCUGGUCACGGGGUGUUAAUCGCCUCUCGUAACCCCCAGUACACUACACGACACUCAGCGCAAAACUCGCCCCGAUCUUGUGGAUUCUCGCACGAGUGGAAAAUCGGCUCAAAAAAGUUAAAAAGUCGCACAGUGUACACCCGGCUUUAGACAUGUUGGUUCCUGGUUAGCUUUCAGGUAAUUAUCAUGUAAACAAUGAAAGUGAGUCAGAAUAGUUUAGACAUAUAAAAAUCUGUUAAACGAUGUUUUAAUUUCUAAAAGCAGAAACUGUCUGGUUGUUUUAUUGGAUUAUCUAAUCUGUGGGUUAAUAGAAUAUCUCACAGAUUAAGUAUUAGUAUUAUAGUUUGUUUCCACCAUUUUUGAACCUGCUUUCACUCAAUUCUGACCGCGAAGGGUUUUGAUGUUUCCGGUUUCAUCAGAUCUGUGACUCACCGAUCAACUGUAAAGGCUGUCACCUUGUGGCCGAAAUCAGAACUGCGUCAUGUUUUUAGUUGUUUUCUGACCUUAUUUUGUUUAUUUUCUGUUAAUAAAACGUGUAAAAACACUUUUAAUGUUUUAAUAAUUUCAGGCUUUAAGUAGACGGUUGAUUUAAAGAAGAGAAGUGUUACUUUGCCUGAUGUAUCUGUGAGAAACGCACUUUGGGGAUUGUAGAUGUUUAAAUUUGGGAAAUAAAAAUAUUUCUAUAUAAUA